CCGUCGCAGAAAGGAGCUGAAACUCAGCUUAAACCGGUUUUAGACAAUUCAAAAAUAAUAAUACUGCAAGUAUUGUGCUACGCGAUUAUAACGAAACAACCUUAAAAAUACCCAAAAACCUGUAUUUCGCUGGCCAGUGUUGUAAAACACAAAACGCGGAUAAAAGUUAAUUUAAAGAAAUAAAGCUUAGCUGCACAUUCAUUCCUAGAAAGCAAUGACUGCAACAUGUUGUAAAAUACGUUAAGUGAAGUAUACAAAUUAAGCUGUGACAUUAAUAUGGUUUAUAUUAAUAUAUCAAAUCGAGUCGCACUUUGUGACUGUUGCGACUGCGCUGUUAAUAGGCGUGUUACAGCUGUUCCGGGUCAGCGACGGCUUCCAAAUAUGCAACUACUUUGUGUGUUUGUGGCGAUAAUUUUGUUUUGUUUUCCAGUUGCUUCAAAUGCAGAAGGCGACGAUGAAGAUGGGCCAUAUAGGGGCAAAUAUCUCGGCAAGCUUAAUUCAUAUCAUCAUCAGGUGUCCGGGGAUGUCUAUGCUGUUAAUGAGUUUACUUUUCUUAUAACUGGUUUCAAUUAUGAUGGUAACGGAGCCGAUACAUUCUUUUGGUCCGGCGCUAGCAAUCGUCCGGGUCCUCAAGGUUUUAUUGUUCCGGAUGAGUAUGGCAAAACGAACAUUUUAGAUCGCUACCAUAACAAAGAUUUUACGCUCACGCUGCCAGAUCGCAAAAAGAUGACUGAAAUCAAGUGGCUAGCAGUUUAUGAUCUCAAUAAUCAGAAUAACUUUGGUGACGUUUACAUUCCCGAGGACUUUGAACCGCCGACCACUCAAACUGGCGGAACCUUCUCUAAGCGCAGCCACAACGUGAGCAGUACUAGCAUAGAGAUUUUGGACUCGAAGACUAUUCGCAUCAAAGACUUCACGUACGAUGGGCUUGGCAAGCGCACCUUCUUCUGGACAGGCGUGGGUGCACAGCCUUCGAGUCGAGGCAGCAAAAUACCAGAUGAGCGGGGCUACCUCGAUCCCAUUCGUAAAUAUAACAAGGAAGUCAUUGAACUGGAAUUACCGGGCGAUAAGACAAUCUUUGAUAUCGAUUGGAUUAGCGUCUACGAUGUGGCAGACAAUGAGAACUAUGGCCAUGUUUUAAUAGCCGAUGGCUUAAAUGUGCCCCCAUCGCUGGUGAAGAUUACGCCCUACGAGUUCUCCUUGCCGAAUUGCAGGCAACUGCACAAGGACUUACAGAUUUCCUGGGAGGUUUUCGGUCCCCAAAUCACGUUUCAACUGUCUGGUCAAGUUGCUAAAAUGGACUACAUGUCUUUUGGCAUCUCAGGGUCAGAUGUAUCCAGUCAAAUGAUUGGCGCCGAUGUUGUGGUGGCGUACAUAGAUGACAUCAGAGGUUACACUGUGGACUACAACAUUACCUCGUUAGCCCCUUGUGUAAAGGUCUUGGGGCAGUAUAAAGGCGUUUGUCGUGACGACGUAGUCGGUGGAUUGGAUAGUUUUCAAUUGAAUACGUAUAGUCGCAAGGAUGGCAUCAAUACUAUUAGCUUUAGGCGUACUCUCAAAUCAGCUGAUGAUGGGGACAAGGAGAUAUUCCUGGAUCGAAGCAAUUAUGUUGUUUGGGCACUUGGUCAGCUGGACUCAAAUAAUGAACCUGCAUUUCAUACAUAUUAUCCCAAAAGUGAUAUAAUCAUUGACUUCAAUACUACGGAACCUGUUAAUGAUUGCUUUAGCUUCACCAAGCGUCUGGUAACACAAGUCCAGCUGUGGGAGCGCACAAGAAUUACGGAUCCCACGGUGCGCACUUUUAAUGCCUAUUUGGGGCCUUCUGGAGGAAUGCGUGGAUAUCAGGGCCUCACAGGACAUGUGUCCAGUGGUUUGGCGUGGUACAUCAAUGGACACAUGAUUCCCGAACUGUACUUAAAGCGUGGCCUGACCUACACCUUCCAGGUGCGCGGCGGCAACAAUCCACACUCUCCAGAGCACUACCAUCCUUUGGUAAUUACUGACGAACCUCAGGGAGGUUUCGAUCGCUUAUCGGAUGCCAAGCAGAGUGAAAUCAGAGUACUGGCAGGCGUUGAAUUUACUCGUCGUGGACAACCGAAGCCCACAGCUGCGGGACCGCUCUGCUUGUCUCGCUAUCCAGAAAACUAUGAUCGUCGGUUAGAUGAUAAUUUUGCUACUUUUAAGAAGUUUAAUCGUUCCUUGCUGAACACUUGCAGUAGCGAGCCACCUGCAGUGCUUGAGAUUACGCCCAACAUCACAUGGCCAGAUACCGUGUACUACAAUUCUUUCACUCAUAGCAACAUGGGCUGGAAAAUCCAUAUUGUUGAUAGUUAUAGUAAUCUGCGUAAUACUUGUGAAAGCACUUUCAGGAGUAGGACAAUGUUAGCUACAUUAAUAGUUCCAUCCUUGCUCUUGCUUCUAGCGAACCCAUUGUCCUGGUACUGAUACUGAGUGUUUAUUAAUUAUUAUUGCUUUAAUCGUAACUCAAUUCACACAGUCACUAUUUACAUGUUACUUACAAUAUUAAAGCAUAAACGAUUUACUCCCGUACUCAUGUACGCAUACCUACCUUGUUAGUGUAUAAUUAAUGUAAUGUUGCUAAUAAAGGCAAAGCUGUACAUAGGUCAAUUGUCAAUAGAGUGGUUAUUUUAUAACUGA